AUGUGGGACAUCCAGAUGACCCUCGGACCGGUCCGGAUCGCUGUCGCCGCGGCCAUUGGGGUGUAUUUCCUCGGGGCCAAGUGCCGCCAUGUACAGACACGCCGGCGUGAUGAGGCUCCCUUUGUUUGGCUCUUGAUGAUCACGUUCUUUGUGGCUGCAGCCGAGCUUACCGCUUUGAUUGCCCUUUGGGCCGAUGGCAUCUCCAAGUUCCAGCCGUUGGCCGUGGCCACCCUCUAUGUCCUCGCUCUCUUGGUGCAUCUCAACCACCUCUUGCCCACGCCGAUCCAGGCAAACGACGACAAGACGGGGCCGUCAUGGCAUGCGUAUGUGGGCGCCUGGACCUUCAUGAUCUUGUCUGAUAUGCUCGCCAUUGUCGAGCUCGCCGUCGUACCCAUAUCCUCGCAGUCCGACCUCAUCUUUGCCGCGGCAUUGAGCCUCCGCGGUUGCCUUCUCUUGGCCAGUAUCGCGACUACCACUAUAGCCAAGGCAAGCAGUGCGCAGAAAAGAAAUGGACUACAAAGCAAGAAGAGGAAAUGCUCUCCCACACUCCGGAGAAACAUCAGCGAAGAGAUCCGCGAUGCUGGCGGCCGGUGGUAG